GUCUACUCUGUUUGGCAUCAAUGCACCAUGGCUAUGCUGAAUCCUUCGCACUUCGUCAACAACAUAGUGCACACUGUGGAGGACAUGGAUCGUGCAAUGUUCGAAAAUAAACUGGUAUGCAACGGACUUUGCGCUUCACUGACUGUCGAUGGCAUGAAGCAAGUAUAAAGGUCGUCGAUGAAUCGGUCCUGUAACUUGGAACAUCAUCACACGUUCUUCACAUCUUCCAAGCACAGAGCAACCCAGCCCACAUACUCCCACAACACCAUCACGCCCAGCAACAACCGAACUCGUUCACCAUGCCAUCAAUUCAGUCCAUCCUCCCAGCCAUGAUCGGCCUCCUUACUCUCUCGAACCAAGUCCAGGCUGUUCCUACACCAACAGGCGGACUUGUCAAGAGACUCGGCUGCUACGGCGACAGCAGCGAUAUGAGCUUUUACUCUCUCCACGGACUCGGCUACUCCGGCGACAUCACACAAGAAGUCAAGAACGACAUCCACACAACCUGCACCAAAGCCGCCGGCAAAACAAUCAAAGCCUCCGAGCCCUUCUGGCUUUGCACAAACUGGGAAAAGACGGCCAAGGGCAAGUCAGCAGCACUGGAGUGCUACGAGAGCUGCCAACCUGGUAUCGACAUCAGCGGAAGCAAUUCAGCGGUCAUAGACGCUGGUGUGCAAGCUUGCCGGGAUAUUUGCAAGCUCACACGCGGAGAACCGGAUCUCGCGGACGAUGGAUGGAACCACAUCGAUUGGGCUAUUGAGGUUCGUGGUGGGCAGACUGAGCAGGUCAUCACGUAUGAGACGUGCAAGGCGGCUUUUGAGACGGAGUUGGGAGGGUGUUCGAGCGGUAGUGAGCAGAACCAUGAUGGGUUUUGGUUCAGGAUCGAUCCAAAUGCCAGGAAGUGCCCGGCAUAGGUGAAAGGAUUGUGACAGGUUGAGCGAAUUGGCGAGGCGUUCGGUAGCUCUUUCUCGCAUAGUUUGAACCAGUACAGCAGGUUAAAUGAAGUGC